AUGGCGGGCAUAGACAUUGGCGGCUUCCAUGCUGGUGUCGGUGGUGAUGGAGCCGGCGUAUCGGUCAAUGGUCAUGGCGUAGGCCUGGGUUGGAAUGGCAAUGAUGACAAUAUUGAAGGUAACGGCGGAGCUGGUGUCUCGGUCAACGGCCAUGGCGCUGGGUUUGGAGUCAAUGGCAUCGGAGACGAUGUUGAAAACAAUGCUGGCGUCGGCUGGAACGCAGGAUCUGACCAUGGAGGGUAUGUGGGCGAAAGCGCUGAUGGCCAGGCUCGAGUCCCUGUCGGCGAAGGCAAUCAUGGUGGUGCUGCAGCUGGUCACGCCGUUGCCAUCGAUGCUUCGGGCCAUGGACGAUUCAGUGCACAGCAGCCUGCCACGGCACCUCCAGCACCACUUGGCGGACAUCAGCAAGCUUCUGACCAGGGAGAAGCAGCAGUAGGAGUUGGUGCUGGAGCUGGUGUUGGGGUCGGUGCUAAGCAGCCUCUGGCUCCCCUCCCAAACCCUGGCGUUGGAGCGUCAUGCACUGUGCUAGGAGGUCCAGCUCGCCUGUUGUACCUUCCACCUGGAGACGCUGGUCGUAAGCAUGAACCCACCCCUGCAAUUGACGCUACAACACCCAACGAAGCGAGCGUCACGCCAGCGCCUACUGGAGCAGAUCUAGCACCCAAGGACCAGCCCAUCACAGCUUGGGCAAACACCUUCAACCCAGAUUACUGCUACCUCUCAUUCAGCACUCUGUAUGCAACUUCUUCAGGCGUCACCAUCGGACCCACCUUCUCGAAUGCACUCAUCCCAUUCAAGACAUCAGAAAUCUCGACGGUAUGCGCAGCACAACCUACCGGCGCUGACGGGGGUAGAGGAGCAGCUACACAAUUCAACCUUGCCGGUCUGUCCACCACCGGUGAUGAAGACACCGGAUGCUACCAUAUCGUCGCUCCGCCUCGCAUCGGCAAGUUCAUCCCCAGCUGGGAUAACGCCCUAUACUGGAACGUCUCUUUCGAACAGCCACAGAUCAUCCUCCCCGAGGGAGCAGCAGACAGCCAGCCAGAGGACUGUGUGGUAUGUGCCGCUCCUGCGUUCUCGCCGCCGGCCGGCACUGCAUACCCAACUAUGGUCAACGAGGGCUAUCCAAAGAACUACUCACCUGCGACCGAGACCGCGCCACCGGGUUGGAGCGCUGCUAGCUUUGGGCAGUUCACUGCUACGAGGUCUGAUCUUGCUUCUCCGACGAUUACUGGGUCACCGACGUCACCUUUUGGCAGCAUUGGAAGUAAUGUUAGCACGAGUAGUGUUUCACAGUAUACCGGAGCUGCUGCGCUUACAACCGCGAGCAGCGGCCGAGUUGGAAUGCUUGUUGGGCUGGUGUCACUACUGUUGGCUUUGGUUUGA